AAAAAGGCGAACACACCCCCGCCCACUUGUCACGUUUGUUCGCGUUCAGUCCAAUCUCCCCUCCCGUUUUUCUUGUUCAUUUAUAGAGAAAAGUCGCGAUAGCAACGCGACAAUCAACACCGGGACGAUUACUCCACACUCACAAACUCACAUAAACAAGUUUUCUUGUGAUUUGAUAUUGUUUACGCCUCAUCAAAGCCUCAAGUUCUUUCAACUGAGUCUGAUCGCCAGUGCUCAAGCCACAACAAGCAUCUCCAGUUGAUCAUCUUGGAGACGCUCGUUCGCGGGGACCCGCCAGUUAUUAGGGUUGUCGCAAUCAGCAAACAGCAUACCGAAAUUGUUUUUUGAGGUUGGCAAGGGUCGCCUAUCUGAAUAACAUACAGCUCAAAAGAUGUCAGAAGCAACAAGAGGCAGCCAGUCGGUUGCGCAAGAUGACCUCGAGUCACCAGCGCCAACAGCCGCGUCAAAAGCAACAAGACGCGCAGGGCGCCGACUGAAGACUGCUCCCAUUCAACCUGAGCCAGGUUCAUUAUAUGAUAUAAUGCACACUCACUCUGGAACUGGACUUUAUGUCCUGCCAAUUCUUUGGACAGAUCUCCACACCAAGUCACUCAAUGUUCAGUUCCAAGACCAAGGACGCGUCAACUACCCAGCGCCCGUGGUAAACGAUGACUUACCGCCAUCACCGCCACCUGAGCCGUGCGACGCAGCUAGGAAUUUAUGCUACGAGAUUAGCACGUUCGCAGACAAAACGUCUACGCCAUCAGCGAAAAUGCGCGCUUUGAAGCGCUUUAUGAGUGGCUUCUUCCCAGGCAUGCCUUGUAAGGCCAAAACUGGGGUAGAGAUGGAAUUGCAUUUUGGGACGAGGUUUUAUCGGAAAGCCGUCAAACUCCCCAUGAUAUGGAAAAGGGGAGACUCGCGGUCACACUCGUUUGACUCGGCCGCCACGCGCCCGAUGUCUUCGUCUCCAAUGUCAAACUUGAGUGAUGCCAGCCUCAGUGACGACGAGGAAGCUAGUGGCAGCAAGAUCCAAAGACGGUGUGAGCGCAGCGCGCCAUUACUUGCAUAUGUGGAUCGGGAUCACCUCUCAUAUGUUCGGAAAAGCCUGUUCCGGGUAUCGCCAGGUCCUUUGGACGGCGAUUAUCAAAACUCGCCUGUUUUGAGCCUGCAGCAAUUGCGCUCAAAGGCGCUCGUGCCUGCCGAUCGCGACCAGGAUGCUCACCUGGUGGCAAUUUUUAUUGCAAUGGCACAGCAAAGAUUUUACAACAAGAAGAAUGGACGCCGACGCUUCAAGCUGUCCACGAACGAGCCCACGUCGUCUGGUUCGACUGAUCAGUCGUCUCAUCCGUCCGAUGAAGCCAUUUAUGAUGUUGAAGUGCGUGUUUUCACUUUUGACGCGGUGGAAAAUGACUUCAUUGUCUACACUGGAACUAUCGGUGCAGAUUUCCUUGAAGGUUUUGCAGAUCCGGCCAGGACUCUUCACAGGCAGCCAUACGGAGCCUCGUCGAUGCGCAUUGCUUACACGCGUGUGCCCAUUUGGCCUUUUUAUGGCCUCAAAGAGCGACUCGGUAAGGCUUUGGGAUCUGAAGUGACGGGCGCACGCUUCGUGGGCCCUGGUUACGAUACCUAUCGCAGUGACGAAGAGCUGGCAUCGCACCAAGCGGAGUUGGCUAGGGCACAGAUUGACUCUGAACGCAUCCUCCUUGCCAAUGAAGCAGUGUUGCGCAGAGAAAAAGAACAAAGCUUGCAGGAGUUACUUGAGAGAAGCUUCGGGCAACAAGGUACGAAGAGGAAUUGGGAUGCGCCAGAUACCGGGGUUCCAACCGAUAUCACACCCCCAGCCUCAGCACCCAAAAGAAGACGAGGGAGAAGAACGAGUGGGAUUGUCGAGGGUGCUGGGCCUUACGACUUCAUCGCGGCUCCGUCCUCCGACUUUAUGUCGGAUGAUGAACCGUCAGACGAUGAGCGUGUGUGAGAGACAUGCCGGUUACGGAGUUUAUAUACUUGUUUUCACCUUGGCGACUUGGGGUUUUUACAGAUGGCAUUGGGCAAACAGUGCUGGGCAUUGCAUACAUUAUGACUGAUGAUCUACUUUUUGAGUUGGCUUCCGGAGCGGCGUUUUGGUAUUAUUAACAUGGGAAGGUGCUUGAAAGGGACAUUAGUGUGAAUUUUGGCCUCCGAUAUAUAGCUCCGAAGGCGGCGUUUUGGACAGGAGCAUGUUUUGCUCAUCUUUUUUGCAUUGUUACCCAGCAUCGAUCGCUUUCCUAGAUCUGAUAACCUGGUAAAUAUCGGAAUGCUAACAGUCGCACAUACGGCUCCUGUUGGCAGGACCAAUUUGAAACAUAAGGGACAGGAGAGUUCGGCGUCCAGCUGCCACUUGAUAGCGUACUGAGACAUGCUCAUACAGUCCUGUGAUACCGCCCGUUGCAGUGUUCGUAGUCUUGCCGUUUAUGGGACUGCUGAUAAAUUAAAACAAAAAUAAGAAAGCUUGUUUCUUCCUCAUUACCACUAAACGGAUCAAAGCCGUGUGAUAUAUAACGUGG